AUGUGACAUCAUGGCGUCUGGUUGUAUUAUGAAAUCAGGGAAUCUUGAGAUUUUUCUGAGGCAAAGAUGGUACAAAGUGCAAGCAGACUUAUCAGAGGAUACAUUAACUUUACCGUUAGAAGAUGACGAGAAUAGCAAGAAUAGCGGCUUUGUUAAUGGUCGAACGACAAUUGAAAAUUCACAUGAAAACUCUGACUGACCGGAUAAUAUUACUUGUAAGAGAAUAAAUGAAACAGAGUCAGUUUAGUCUUACAUUGUUAAUUUGUUCAUAAACGUCAGCAGUGUUCGGUUGACAGUGUUCCGCGUCGACAAUCAGAGACAGUUGGCGUCUUGGGCAGCCGCUAAAGAGGUGUCUUGCUCCGUUAAUUGGAACGGUAGCGACGCCCGACUAACGGUUCAUUACGAAAAUGGAUUUAAUCUCUGCAAAGGCGAUAAUGUUCUAUGGCAAUAUCAAUUCGAAUGUCUGCGUUCAUCAAAAGACAGCAGGAUGCUCUGUAUCUAGCGGUCUCGAUGUUCCUAUGUUUUUUAUUGGAGGACUAUUAGGACGUUUAACAGGAAUCGUCUUGGGUUUAAUUGUAGGAAACAGUCAUACAGAUUGGGUUGAUGCAGGUGCAUGGAGUUUGAUUGGAGCGGCAGCAUUUUUUGCUGGAGUAUCUAGAUUGACUGUCUCUCUUACUGUUAUCAUGCUUGAAAUAACUAAUGAUGUCACAAUGUUAUUACCUAUUAUGUUCGCUGUAAUAAUGGCGAGAAGCACUGGAAAUUUAUUAACUCACUCUCUAUAUCACGCAAUUUUGGAGCUAAAAUGUAUAUCAUUUUUGGACGAAGAUCCGCCGUCUAGUCGAUUAGUUGAGCCACGAAUUGAAGAAAUUAUGUCCAAACCAGCCAUUUGUAUUUGUAAGGGAGAUAAUGUUUUAUCUUGGAUGAAAAUAUUACGUGAGACAAAUCACGGAGUAUUUCCAGUUAUUGAAACUAGCAAUAAUGGUAAUAACAACUGUUUUAUUCUCGCUGGUUCAAUUACAAGACAUGAAUUAUGCGUCUUGUUAAUUAAACAUUCAUCUUAUUUAGAUGAUGUUGCUUUGCUAGAUGACGACUCCAACAUUUCUUACGAAGAGGUCAGAUGA